AUGGAAGGAUUAAAUGCUUGUUUCAAAUUAUGGAAAGAAAACUGUUUAAAACCAGAAGCAGAGUCCAAAGAUAUAAACAUAAUAAUUAACUUGAUGAAAAGGAUUCACAUAAUCCAUGAAAAAUAUUCAGAACAAUUACAAAAUACACAUCGACAAAAAUUAGCUAAAUAUUUAAAAUAUAUUGGAUUUGGCAACUUGGCAUACUCAGUAUGUCAUCAGGUGAAGGAGUCAGGUACUGAGAAGGAUAUUUCUAAAUAUUCAGUUGACAUGGGAGCAGCUCGGUUUCAAUUAACACACAUGGGCCCUUACUUAUUUCGAGAAGAAAGAAGUGAUUCAGAUCCCAGGGUGAAUCAUUUUAUACCAGACAUGUGGCAGAGUGAGCUCCUUGAUGUUGUAGAUAAUAAUGAAUCUGCUGUGAUUGUUGCUCCAACCUCAUCAGGGAAAACCUAUGCUUCUUACUACUGCAUGGAGAAAAUCCUGAGAGAGAGUGAUGACGGGGUAGUUGUAUAUGUUGCUCCAACAAAGGCUCUUGUCAACCAAGUGGUGAGAACUAUCGAUGAAUUAUUUACCAAUGCACAGCCCAGUGGAAAGGCAUUGUGUGGAGUUUUCACAAGAGAUUACCGUAAUGAUGCCUUAAAUUGUCGGAUAUUGGUGACAGUGCCUCAGUGUUUAGAAAUACUCUUAUUAGCUCCUCAACGUCAAAAGUGGGUGAAAAGGAUGAGAUAUGUCAUAUUUGAUGAGGUUCACAGUCUUGGGGGAGAAGUUGGAGAAGUUUGGGAACAUCUUCUAGUUAUGAUUCGGUGUCCCUUUCUGGCACUUUCUGCUACUAUCAGUAAUCCUGACCAUCUCACUGAGUGGUUGGUGUUAACAAAAAGAUACUGGCAACAUGUUGAGAGCACAAUGGAAAAUUCCAGACCAUCACAAAAUGUCUCAGAAGGUUCGGAGAAACCAGUAAAAAAAAGAACUGUCGCAUCAUACAGAGUUAGACUGGUGUGGCACAAAGAGCGAUACAAUGAUGUUGAAAAGUAUGUGUGUUCCCUAAAGGAUAAUGAAUUUCUCAUUGAACAUUAUCACCCAUUUGCUGCACUUACUGUCAAUCAUAUAAAGAAGUGUGGAAUCCCUUUAGACCUUGGAUUUUCCCCUCAGGAAAGCAUACUGUUUUAUGAUGCUAUGGUACACAUUUGGCCAGAAUGGCCAAGAAUGCAGGAAUUAGAACCUGAAGAAUUCAGCUGCUUCAAAAAUAAAUUAGUCAUCAAAAAGGCUGAUGUGAAGAAAUAUGAAGAGGAACUUAAAAAGGAAAUUAUUUGUUGGGUUGAGCUGGACCCAAGCAAGGUGAAUCAGUUACUGAAUUUCCUUAAACCGCAAACGUUUGACUGUGCAGAAAGUGACAAGCAAAAAAUGUUUCCACAUUUUGUGGAAAAACUGAAAACAAUGGACAGGCUGCCUGCAAUAUUUUUUAUAUUCAACAUUCGUGGAGUGGAAGCAUCAGCUUUAGAACUUUUUCGCAAUUUGGAAAAACGUUCUUCACAUUUAGAUUCAGAUGCUAAGCACCAGAGAGAAAUUAUAUCGAAGGCUGAAAAGAAGGAAAAAGAAAACUAUCUUGAAACACACACUGAAAUUUCUCCAGACUGUAGCUAUGCUGAUGAUACAGCUGUGGAUGAUGAGACUUUAACGGAGCUCUUAAAUAAACUGAUGGAAACAAGACAAGGCUAUAAGCUACGCGAUCUAUUAAAAAGGGGCAUUGGAUAUCAUCAUGGUAAAAUGGAACAUGCAGAAAGAGAAGUUGUAGAGUUGCUUUUCAGACAGAAUUACAUUAAGGUGGUAAUAGCUACCUCAUCCCUUGCAUUGGGAAUUAAUAUGCCAUGUAAAUCUGUUGUUUUUACUGAAGACUCUUGUUUUUUGGAUGCCUUGAACUUUCGUCAGAUGUCUGGUCGGGCAGGAAGACGUGGAGAAGAUCUUGUAGGCAAUGUCUUCUUUUAUGGUAUACCUUUACCCAAGGUAGAAAGACUCUUAAGAUCAGAUGUGGCCAAAUUGAAGGGUCAAUUUCCUUUAAGCAUAUCAUUCAUUCUCAGACUUAUGAUGCUAGUUGCCAAAGCAGAUGACAAAAAGGAUGCCAAAGCAAAGGUACUUUGUUUCAUGUUAUUUAAAGUACUUUUAUAA